AUGGAUCCCGUUCUGCAAGAGACCUACAUCACCCAUCUUCGCAUCACCGAAUACUCAACUCACCCCUCUAACCCGCCUCCCCUUACUCUCGAAACCCCGAAGUCGAGAAACCCCGAGUCAUCAUCGUCGCAGUCCGCAAGAGAAGAAGUUUUUAUCGCCAGCUUGGUCAAGAUUUAUGGAAAGUACACAAACGGCAAGGUGCCCGAACUGACCGGUUUCGAUCCGCGCGAGCUCGAUCAGGUCCUCGGCCGACGGCCUCCUCCAGUUCGCCCACCCCCGAACCAGGCUGCGCUGAGGCGAUUAGCUGGCAACGACAAAAGCCAAGAUUCGCUUAGCAAUGCGAAUAAUAGUAGCAGCAGCUCUUUUAAUGCGCCGCCGUCGCGUGCUGAUGAGCCUACCCCUCGGCCGCCCCGCUCACGCGGUGGAAUGGCCGGUCCUGGUGCCUUUGGUCGUUUCGGUGACCCCUCUCCCGAACCCACGCCCAAUCUUCCCACUGAAAGGCCACCACCGGACAGGCCCCGCCCGAGAAGGAGGCCGCCCAUUGAUCUCGCAAGACCGCAGCAGUUCGCUGACCGAGACCUCGUUCCUGCUCCGCUUAUGAGCCCUGGCAUGAAGAGGGAGCCAGUCGCCCCGCCCCCUCGUAGCGUCGAUCGCAUGUCCCCGAGAAACAACUCGCUAACACAGAGGUCCGAAACAAGCUCCAUUAGGGAGAGAUCCUUCUCCGGACAAAAUGACGCGCCCCGAGAAUCCCCACGUAGGGGCGACACAACUGGCAGCCUCCCUCCCAAGAGUCCAUCUCAGUCCUCCUUUAUGCGGGCAACACCUAACCCUGAGCCACCCUUGCCGCGCUCAGAAUCCCCAGCGGCGUUAGAUGCCGACGAAUCGCGCCCUGGCCUGGGUCCUAUGAUCAAAUCGAGAAGGGUGGAGCAAGAACGAACACCUUCGCCUCCACCUCCCGAGGAUUCCGAUGAAACCCGUCCUGGUCUUGGUUCCAUGUUCAAGUCCAGGAGGCUAAAUACGGAUCCUGCCUCGCCCUCGGAUGAGGAUACGUCCCGCCCUGGUCUUGGCCCCAUGAUCAAAGGCAAGCGAUCCAAAGGCGACAUUGCCGGUUCGUUGUGGAAGGCGGCGGCGGUUGCGGGUGCCUUCAAACCCCGUCCUGGAGGCGCAGGUGAACGCCUUCGCCUCGCCCAGGCCAAGCAGGAAGAAGGCCCUGAUGGAAUUACCGGAGUUGUUCCUGCUCCACCUAGACCCGCCCCUCCUCCCGAGCCAGUUAUUCCAGAGCCCGAACCUCCCAAGCCUCCGAAGCUCGAGGAGACCGUACCCAGCGUCCCCGAGGUCAAGAUCACCGUCCCACCAUCGAGCCGACCGACUAGCCUUCAGUCCUCGGUCAAGGAUAAUCGGCAGAGCAUUGAUGAAGUGGCAGCGCCAAAAGAGGAGCAGCAGCCGAAAGAUGAACCGCGACGGACAAUUCCUGCCGGAAACGAUGGAAAGUACCUUGCUACCCUUGGUGUUGAUGCGGCACAGAUCUCCACCCUUCUUGCAGCCCCUAAGGGUGUACAGUUAAGAGAAUGGAUGGACGUUUCAGGCUUCGUACCCGGCGAGCAGAUUCGCUCCUGUACCUGGGAUAAGAUGAAGGGUGAUCUUGACCGCGAGCUGGACAAGGCUCAAGCCGGUGGCUGGCUCUCACGUUUCAAGGACGAGGACGAACGCAUUGAAGCGAUCAAGGAUGGAAUUGACUUGGUCAUUGCUGAAUGCGAGCAAUUAGACGACCUUCUUACUCUAUACAGCGCAGGCCUAGGGACCAUUACUUCCGACAUUGAUUUCCUGGAAGCUCAGGCCGAAGGUAUUCAGGCUAGCGGCCUUGCCGACGUUGAGGAUAGCCUCCUCCAACUCUAUAAGACCAUGCGGAAGAUUGACCCGUCUCUCUGCGGCUACGAUAACAAGAACAAGGCCGGAGGCGCGGCUUCCGAGCUUAAACCGUUUGUGGAUGAUCUUGAGCUGGCAACUGCCCUUGGCAUCGACUUAGACCCUACCAAUGGCCUAACUAGCAGCUACGAGAAGAUGCGUGUAGUCCAAGAUAAGAAGGAGAUUUGUUUGCAAGAGAGCAACAUCUUCAUUAAUCGUUAUCUACGACAGAUGGAGACUGAGUUCGACACCGCCUUUGGAAGCACGAAAAACAUGCUCGAUAGAGCUCUUUCUCGCAAGUCGGAUAGGGAGAUUUACCAGACUCACCGCCGGUACUUGUGGAAAUACGUCGGCCUUACUCUCUAUGCCCGUGAUAUUCACCUUGACGCUUGGGGUAACCUCAUGCAGAAAUACCAGGAGCAGGGCAACCCCUAUUUAAGCCUGCUUUCGCAUGAGGGUCUCGCAACGGCUGCCCGGAAGCUCACCGUCAAGCGCAGCCAAACCUUGGCAGGUCGCUUCAGGUCUGAUGCAGUCAACAAGAUCGUGGCGGACAAAGGCACCGAUAACAAGAGCCAGUCAUACGAAGUAUUCCGAGGCGUGUUGGAUGAUUUAAUCCCGCUUGUUGAGAUGGAGCACAACUUCAUCAUUGACUUCUUCCACGCCACAACUUUGGAGCAAACUACCUUCGAGGACUACUUGGCGACACAUCCACCGGGCCAAGACCGCAAGGCACCCGACAAUGAGUGGCUCGGCUUCCGCCGUAUGGAACCCGACCGCGAAAUGGCGCGUAGGGUCACAAAGACAAUGGAGGGCAUGUUCUCUUUCCUCGAAAGCGAUCUACAAAAGCUUGUGGAGUGGGUGGUGUUCAAUAAUCCACUACACGCUCUCGGUGUUUUGGCAUCUCUAGAGAUAAAGAUGGAGUCGCUGGGCGGCUCUAACCAAGAGUUCCUUAAUGCCCUCCUUCAAAAGAUUCGCUCUGCCCUUGAAACUCGCUUCAAGAAGUUUGUCGACGAGCAGAUUCGCGCGAUUGAGGAGAAGAAGGUCAAGAUGGCCAAGAAGCGCCGAGGUGUCAUUCAGUUCUUCAGGGUUUUCCCUCACUUCGCCGUCGCCAUCGAGAAUAUUAUGAGCGCAUUCCACCCUGGUGCGGUAGACGUGCGGCAUAUGGUGAACGAGGAGUAUGCGCGUGUCUUGAAGGCAAUGUUUGAAGCUCUCAAGGUCAUCGCGAGAGAGAGCAAGGGUGUCGGCGUUUCCGCCACCACCAAUGACCCCGAGGAUAAGGAGGCACUCAACUACCACAUCCUCCUGAUCGAAAACCUGAGCUACUUCAUUGAGGAAAUGAGUGACAUCGCCAACGUAGAUGUCCUCGAGGAUAGGAAGCAAGAGGCUCUCCAGGAGUAUAACAAGCAUCUCGACCAGUACUUGUCGUCUGUCAUGCGCCGUCCACUUGGCAAGCUAUUAGAUUACAUUGAGAACGUGGAGGCGCAGCUUCAAGCGAUGAAGACACCCUCUCAAAUCGCCUCACAGCCCUCCAACUCCAAGGCAGUGUUCAACAAGGUGCUCAGCGUCUAUGACUCGAAGGAGGUACGCAAGGGUAUCGAAGCCCUAAGGAAGCGUGUUGAGAAGCAUUUCGGUGACGCCGAAGAGGCAACUGGAGUGGGCAGCAGCGGGAGGGAGCUAGUAGACAAGGUCACGGAGGAGUGCGAGAAGUAUUAUGGCAAGGUUGAACUGCGCAUCGCCACCAUAACCGCGGAGGUGUAUGGCGGCGAUGUACUGUUUGAGUGGCCGAGACAAGAGGUUAGGAAUGCGUUUGCGGGGAGGGGAGGGUUGAAGAGGGAGACGACCCGAGCCACGAUCAAUGACUCCGAGGAUGAGGACGAGGACCAGAACUCGGAUGGUGGAUUGGACGAAUUCAUCACUACGGGGAGACGGGUUCGGAUUAAUGAUGUCGAGGAAGAGAUCCCCAACCGACGAAUUGAGACCAAGAGUCCCUCUGUGAUUCCGCAGACACCCUUGAAGAAGCAAACACGAUGUCAGUCCCCCAAGUUAAAGGCAGCCAAGUCGGGAAAGCGAAUCGAGCCUGGUGGGGAAAAGCAGAACGAAGAGGAUGCUUAUGCAGUUGGCGAAGAAACACAGUUUGCCCUUGACCUCCUCGCGUCCGGGACCGAAGGCACGCUAUCGACAAUUCAAAGUGGUUAUCAGGAGACUUCCCAGAAUAGCUCCCGGAAGCGACCAGACCCAGUGAAGCAGACACCAAGACAGACGCGGAAGAAGGCGACGGUGACCUUCUCAUCCCCACAAUUUUGCCCAGAUGAGGAGGACGACCACGCAGCCCAGCACAAAACCCAAGUCUACACCCAGAUGAACAGCCAGCGCGUGGACCUCGCCAUCAUUCGAGCUAUGCCUCCCCCAACUGACCGAUCGGAUAUAUUCAUAUCAAUCCACCCACAGCACGUGCAGAAAAUCGUGAACGGCACCAAGGAUCACGAGUUCAGGACAUGGAAAAUUCCCAGCACCGUUUCACGAAUAUGGAUCUACGUUACCAAACCCGAGUCUAUGCUCCGCUACAUGGCAUGCAUCGGCCCCGCCAAGGUGCCCGGUGAGAUUGUGAACGAACGCGGGAUCGGCAAUGCCGAGUUCAACAAGAAGGCGGGCAAGCCUGGGUUUGCGUACGAGAUUGAAGAACUAUACGAGCUUAACAACCCAGUUCCGCUUAAACGGAUGAAGGACAACGGCUGGGUUGACGCCGCACCGCAAAAGUACGCAUUUGUGCCCCCGGUGGUUGUGUCUCAGCUCCAGGCAAAUCUUCGAUGCCAACUCCUUCUUGAUGAUGACGGCGAAGGCCCAAUCUUUGAAGACGAGAUCAACGCCUCACAGCCCAAACAAUCUGCCACGCUGUCCCAGGAAACAGGGGAGGUAGAGGCCCAGUUACUCAGCGACAUUGCGUACUCGACACAGCACCCACAUCGGACGACCGGGUACUCCCGCAUCUAG